UAUGGGAAGGCGACCGCUCAUGCUCACCACGCUGGGUGCAGUGCGGACAGAUCAGAUCGUGCCCGAUAGCGAUCGGAUGCGGUCAGGCACGAGUAGAAUCUCUGUGUUGUGUUGAGUGAGCUCCAGCUUAUCCAGUGUGUGUGUGUGUUAGUCGUUUAGAAGAUGGAGAACUUUGGCUACAAGGAGGGCUCGUCGAAACCGACGCGGCGCCUCACGGCCAAGUCGAUGAAGCGCCGCAACUCUCAGAUUCCCAUCAAGCCAAGGUUUUCCAUCUCGCCCGAGCUGAGCGUUCACUGGAUGAACGAUCAGGAAGCGAUGGUGACGGAGGACUUCGAGUACAUGAAGAUCGGCCCAUCACCACCGGCCGAAAGUGCGCCGAUCAUCUUCGACAGCUACGAGGAGUCGAGUCCCGAGUUCGGUAUCGAGCUGUCGAGUGACUCGAUCCGCACGGCGCUGAUCGAGCAGCUGCGGCUUGCGUCGGGCCGCGUCCAUCUGCUGGACAGUAUCGAGCAGGGCAAUAUGGUGGCGUCGAACGUGAACGACUUCUUCGGUGGAGCGAGCAAAACCGAGAAGAACAUCUGCUUUCUGUGGGCGGCGUUCGCGAAGCGUUGGGAUUUGCUGGACGCGUUCAUGGAGCAUGGGUCCGAGCUGGCGUUCCACGACACGAACGGCUUCACUGCGCUUCAUCUGAGCGCGUUCAGUGGCUGCCUGAACUGUGCGAGUGUGCUCGUCGCGAAGGGUAUUGACGUGAAUCUGCAGCCAAAAGCGUACACACCGCUCCAGUGUGCUGCGUUCGGUAAUGCAGCACACACCGCUCUGUUUCUGCUCAGCAAAGGGGCACGGUUGGACCUUUGCACGAGACGAACGGGUGGGGAAGAAACGCUUCUACACUGUGCCGUCCGGGCCAAUGCACUCGACUGUGUGCGGCUGUUCAUCGCCGAAGGUAUGGACGUGAACUCGAUCAAACCGAGCGGCAUGAAUGCGAUCCAUCUCGCUGCCGACCUGGGACACGUUGAUUGUUUGCGUGUGCUGCUGGCCGCUCCCGGUGCCGACCCGAACAUACGCAUCGGCAUACGGGAGAAAGAGUCGACCGCACUGCACCUGGCAGCGGACGAAGGCAAUGCGGCGUGUGUGGCGCUGCUGCUCGAGCAAGGGGCAGAGGCGAGAUUAAAGAAUCAUCGCGGCUUCACACCACUACAUCUAGCGUCACGUACGUCCAGCUUGGAGUGUGUGGAUCUGCUGCUGCGGGCGGGCAGUGCCGACCCGAACGAGGAAGACUUUGACAUGCGCACACCACUACACACGGCGAUCGGUCGGUCCGAGUCUGCGUUUCACAUUAUCGAGACGCUCAUCUGCUGGGGCGCGGACGUUAACAAGAAGGAUGUGUUUGGCUUUACGCCGCUACAUUUGGCCGCCCUGGACGGCUUGGCACACUGCGUCGAGAUACUGCUGUUCUACGAUGCGGACGUUACGGCCAAAACGAAGAAAGGUACGACCGCACUGAACGUGAUCACACGCAAAACACCUGGCUCGCUCGCGAUGAUAACGCAAAAGUUUGACGAUGCGAUGACGCUGAUUCACUCGCAGAACCCCUCGGAAAAGGAGGUAGAGCUGGAGCUGGACUUUCGUACGAUUCUGCAGCACUGUUACCCACGGGAGAUAAGCUACCUGAACACGCUGGUCGACGAAGGGCAGAAGGAGAUGCUACAGCACCCGCUCUGCUCGGCUUUCAUCUACAUCAAGUGGGGCAAGAUCCGCAAGUACUACAUCGCUCGGCUUCUGUUCUGUUUCAUCUUUAUCCUGUUCCUGACGUUGUACGUGCUGACCGCACUGGCGCACAACUGCUAUAACGGUAGCAAAGAUAUGGAGGAAACGAUCCAGGAGCAGGAACUCUGCCAGAAGCAAUCCAUCCUGGGUAAUAUGUUGCGCCGGAACCCGUUCGUGAUGGAGAUGCAGUGGUUGGUGCUGGUGGCGAUCACGUUCGUCGAGAUCUGUCGUAAGCUGUACGGGAUUACGGGCUACUCCUCGAUACGGCGGUACGUGACUCAGAUGGAAAACAUUACCGAGUGGUUUAUCAUCGUGAGCGUGUUUGUCAUCUCGUACAUCUACACAAAGCGUACCUACACCUGGCAGAAUCAUAUCGGUGCGUUUGCGGUGCUGCUCGGAUGGACACAUCUGAUGGUGAUGAUAGGGCAGCUACCAGUUUUCGGUGCGUACGUUGCGAUGUACACCAAGGUGCAGGUGGAGUUUGCGAAGCUGUUCAUCGCGUACUCCUGCAUGCUGGUUGGGUUCACGAUCAGCUUCUGCGUCAUCUUUCCGUCCUCGUCUUCGUUCGAGAAUCCGUUCAUGGGGUUCAUCACCGUGCUGGUGAUGAUGGUAGGCGAGCUGGAUCUCGAGCUGCUGAUAAACGAUCCAGACGGGAAGGAUCCACCGUUUAUGCUGGAGCUGAGUGCGCAGAUAACGUUCGUACUGUUUCUGCUGUUUGUGACGGUGAUCCUGAUGAACUUGCUGGUCGGCAUUGCGGUCGACGACAUCCAGGCGCUCAAGAAGACGGCCACCCUGUCCAAGCUCGUGGGACAAACGAAGCUCAUCUCGUACAUCGAAUCGGCACUGUUUAACGGUUGGCUACCCAACUGGUUGCGUAGUUUGCUGCAUUACACCGCCCUCGUAUCUCCACGUGCCUACCGUGUGAUUCUGAGCGUGAAACCGCUCAACCCGGAAGAGAAGCGUCUACCGCGCAACAUCAUGAUGGCGGCGUACGAGAUUGCGAAGGAAAAGGAACAACAGUUGGCGGCAGUUGGUGAUCCAACGAUUGUACCUCCCGGAACGGACGGUGCCGUAGGUCAACCGGCGGAGGGAGCUCCACCCGGUGCCGAAGGUGCGGAGGGUAUUGUACCAAGGACCGCCGAAACUCUGGACGCCAUCGCCACCAAGAUCGACCAGAGCACGGAAAAGAUGAACGAUGUUUCGCGCGAACUGCAGGAGCUGCGGGCAGUGCUCAAACAGAAUCAGCAACUGAUCGACGAGAUUGCGCGGCAGGUGUGCAACACCCAGAAGGAAUAGCGAGGGCCGGAAGAUUUAGCGAUAGGUAUUUUAGCGGGUUUUUUUUCAGCACUGUUUAGUAGCACCAGCGAGCACAAUAAAGCGGGGCAAACAUUACUUGAGGUUUUGAUGGGUUUCGCCUACCUCGUCUAGCAUUGGCCAGCCUUUUGGAGGGACAUUCUCCAAACUCUUGAUGCUACAGGUUUUUUUUUCGGCAGCUUCCGUUGCCGUUCCCGGCACGGUAUGGAAUGGCGGGGGGGGGGGCUGUUUUUGCUUCGCCCACCCGGACGCAGUGCGCGAAAUGGAAAACUGCUGUCGUAUGCAAAUGAUGACGGGGUGCUUAGGGCAUCGGUUCUUCCCGCAUUCCAGCCGGUCCAGUGGAGUGGGCCUUUCGGGUUUUGGCUGCUUUCUUGAAGAUUUCUCCGAUGCUACUUACCCGUGAAGAGAUGCCCGCUAAGCCGGUAGGAAGCGGAUUCCUGAACCUAUGCAUAAGAAAGUAAUGAAAAACGACUACGGCUACUCGUUAGAGUUCGUUCCACAGCUUGACCUUAGCAUUAUCCACAAGCGUUUUUUUUUUGCACGCUUCUCCUCCAUUUAUUCAAAAGGUUCGACUUUUAUUCGAUCGCGCAACGAAUGUUUGGGUUUUGUUUCUUUAAGUUCGCCCCACGCGCUGUCGGUUUUAUGCAAAACCAGUAAUGAUGUUGAUACGCGUUCGAGCUGAAACCGAACUGGCAUCAAUGAACCGUGCGAAGGUAGAGAAAACACAACGCGAAAACGCAUUAAGAUGGGAAAUGGAAAAUGCACUCGUUGAGUUCCACUGGUUUGGUUUUUUUUGUGUGUGAGUGCUGUAGUGGUAAGAUGGUAAAAAGAAGAGUAGAAUAAAAUCAAUCUUAUGCGCACCGUAA